AUGAUAGCGCGAGGGUGUGCCGCGAACGGAGCACAUACGAUUCUCAUCGACGUCAAUGAGCAAGGCCUUUGCGAGACAGUCGAGGAGCUUCAAAGAAUAAUCUCCGACUCCAAGUACUCGUCUCUAGAAACACACGCCAUCCACGGUGACCUUUCAUCUGAAGAUGGGGUGAAGGAGAUUGUUGCAAAAGUAAAGGCUUUACAAAAUCCAGUGGACGCCUUGAUCCACUGCGCUGGGGUUCGCCCGGCUAGUGUGCACAAUCAUCAAUUCGUGCCUUCUUAUCAAACAUCAAAGGCGGCGGUAGACCAUCUGGUACGAAUAAUGGCAACUGAAUUUGCAGAUUUCUACAUCCGUGUAAACGCCAUUUCACCGGGAAUAGUCCCCUCCGGGAUGACGACCGCGGAUGCAAGCUCCAAUCUGCAUUUGGCAAAAGAAGCCCCGGCAGGGCGAGCUGGCAAUGACGAAGAUAUGGUUGGCACAGCCCUAUGGUUAAUGAGCAAGGCUGGAAGCUUUAUGGACGGGAAGGUGGUUCGAGUGGAAGGUGGCCGACUAUUAAUCCUCAAAGGUGUAACCUCCAAUUCUGAUUGA